CAACGGAAGUAGUGGUAGAGGUCGCUAUUUGGUUUGUCAAUGAACCAAAUCGGUGGAAGUAAAAUGUUGAGAAAAGUCGAACUGUAGUGUCAAAUAGUGACAUAACUGUGAUGGUAAGAAAGAAAUCCUGGUUUCAUUUGGAAGAACAUAAAUCUGCAUCAUGCCUCUGUCAGAUUUCUUGGAUGCCCUUAAGGACAACCCUUACUUUGGGGCUGGCUUCGGACUCGUUGGGGUAGGCACUGUCUUGGCUGCAGCCAGAAAAGGUGCCCAGGUGGGAAUGAUCUUCUUUCGCAGGAACUACAUGAUCACUCUUGAGGUACCCAGUCGAGACAAAAGCUACCAUUGGCUAUUGAGCUGGAUCACCAAACAUGCCCAGCACACUCAACACCUCAGUGUAGAGACAUCCUACAUGCAGCAUGAAAGUGGAAGGAUCAACACCCAGUUUGACUUUCACCCCAGUCCUGGAAACCAUAUAAUCUGGUAUGGGCAGAAGUGGAUCCGUGUGGAGAGGACCAGGGAGAAACAGAUGGUAGACCUCCACACCGGCACACCAUGGGAAUCUGUUACAUUUACUGCCUUGGGCAGAGACAGACAGAUAUUCUUCAACAUUCUGCAAGACGCAAGGGAACUGGCCCUUAAGCAGGAAGAGGGUCGGACAGUAAUGUACACUGCACUGGGUGCUGAGUGGCGGCCCUUCGGGUUUCCACGGCGACGGCGACCUCUUAGCUCGGUGAUCUUGGAGGCAAGGGUUGCUGAGAAAAUCGUUGAUGAUGUAAAGGAAUUUAUUGGAAAUCCCAAGUGGUAUACAGACAGAGGAAUCCCCUACAGAAGAGGUUAUUUGCUUUAUGGACCCCCAGGCUGUGGCAAAAGCAGCUUCAUCACGGCGCUUGCAGGAGAGCUGGGCUACAGCAUCAGCUUGAUGAGCCUAAGCGAUCGCAGUCUGUCGGAUGAUCGCCUUAACCACCUGCUAAGCGUGGCGCCACAGCAAAGCAUCAUACUCUUGGAAGACGUGGAUGCUGCCUUUGUCAGCCGAGAGCUUAUACCAACUGAAAACCCGAUGGCCUACCAAGGCAUGGGUAGGCUUACCUUCAGUGGACUCCUUAAUGCACUGGAUGGAGUUGCAUCGUCAGAGGCUAGAAUAGUCUUCAUGACCACAAAUUUCAUUGACAGACUGGACCCAGCUUUGAUCAGGCCUGGUCGUGUGGAUCUGAAGCAGUAUGUUGGCCACUGUUCCCACUGGCAGCUGAAGCAGAUGUUCCGCCGUUUUUUCCCUGCCGAGUCUGCAUCAGUGGCUGACCGGUUUGCAGAGUGUGCCCUGGCGAUUCGGUCUGAUAUCAGUGCUGCCCAGGUGCAAGGACAUUUCAUGUUAUACAAACUGGAUCCUACAGGCUCAAUUGACAAUGUAAAUGAAUUAAAAUCAUAAGACAAAGUUGAAUCUUUUUAGAGUCUGAAAGUCAGCCACACAAAGCCUUACAGAAAACCAGAACAAUAGUGGAAUAUUCUGUUGUACAGGCAUCAAAUAUAAAUAAUUUUCUCAGUUGUGUUUUGCAUACAUGGAUUUAUUAGGAUAUUGCUCCUGGGUAGUCUAAGGCUGUUUAGGGUCAAAGUUAUUAAAGUGACUGCACAUUUUAGCAUCCCAGGGAUAUAUUUGUCAUGUAAAUUUGUGUACGAGAUUGUGUAACAAUGUUACAUCCAGUAACCUCAUGUGCCUAGCGUCAGUGGCCUGUGCUUGUUUCGUACCAUUAUGAGGCCAGUAGGCUUGAAGAUUUACUGGGUUUGGCACAUACUCAGAAGAACAUAGUUGACAUGAAAAUGAAUAGCCUGGACAACCAGAGUUAACUUUUUUGUCUGUGUAUUAUGUGCAUUCUGGCGUUUUUGAACAGCGAAGGCCUGAGUCCUGGCCUGGCAUUGCCACACCAAUUUGGAAAUGUGAAUCAGUCUGGAACCUCUCAGAAAAAAUUGUUUUUUCCAAGGGGCACUAUCAACGGGCACUCUCCAAAAUGCGUCUGUAUGAAAUUGGAUAGACACAACAAAUCAGAGCAACAAAACAUGUUGAUUGUGUAAAUAAAAUGCCUCAAUGGCACUCUUGGUCAUCACAUUAAACCUGACACAUAUCAGAUAAACAGUUGUGAUUGGCCGCACUAGAUUCCAGGUUGGAGGGAAAUCUAUUUGAUGGGAUGUUGGUCAGACCCAGCUGCUGGAGCACAUAAAACAUGAGCUGGUUGAUUAAUCUGGUUCCCAAGUAAACAAAAAAUGUGUUUUGGACAGACCUGUUUAAGCUUGAAACAUUCAUACACAUUAGCGAAAUGUCAACCUGGAUUGACCUCAUUACUCAGUAUAGUUUCUGAACGGUCAGAAUGAUGUCCCACUCAAAUCCAAAAAAUGACCUGCAGGGAUAUCCCUAAUUUUAACCUCAGUUAAGAGUUGUUUUCUUGUUGGUCAGUUAAUCUUGUAAAGCCGAGGAGAAUUGGCACAGAUUGUGUUAGUUGACAAUAUCUGACUCCAGCAAAACAUUCUAUGACAUAUCUCCAACGUAUGUGAGAACUGUUUAAAUGCUUGAUCAGUACACCGAUCUCAUUGUGUUCAUUAAACAGCUGUUCAAUCAACACUAAGACUAUAAAUUUAACCAUGAUCAAAGUUUACAAAAUGGACCCCCAGUGAGGCUAUGGUUACAUGCCGGGAGCGUGGAAAGCCCUACUGAAAUAAUGACUCAUACCUGCAGAGAAAUCAAUUGCAAAGGGUGUCGUAGUGAAAUAAAACGAGGCGCCUAAUGCACCAGAUUGUAUCGUGCACAAAACUCCUUAAUCUAUGCCUAGCGCAUGGGAGUAAAGUCUCAAUGAAAUUACAGUGACCGUCUUAAAUACAGAACCUACAGAUCAUCUUACUAAAUUGGUGGACACUAGACCGAAGAAGUCACAACCAUACACUGUCAAACAGUAAUCACACAAUGAGAAACAUCACAAAAAUGUGGCCCGUAAAAUACAAAACAAGAUGUUACUAAUCAUGGCAUUAAAAGCUGUUUAAAAACAAUACUUACAGAAAGACAAGUUCAAGUUCUUCAUUGUCAGAUGCACAGAACAACAUAGUCAGACUGGGCAAUGAAAUUCUUAGGACAAGACGACGCAAAGCAACCUGGCAUAACAACAUAUAAGUACUCUGAACAUAAAUUACACGUACCAUAAGCAAAAAUAUAAUAAACCGCCUAAAUAUACAAAAUAAUAUCCCCAGAUUCGUCAGAAAUUCACAAUCAUAUUACUGGCGAUUUUCAAGUCGGAUCUCAUAUUUGCUGCGGCAAAUAUGAAAGUAGGC